AUGCAUUUUUUGAAGUCCAGUUUCCUAUUUUUGCUGCCCCUUGUGGCGGCAAGCCCUCUACCACAAGAGGACAGUGACAUUGUCCCUGGAAAAUAUAUUGUCACCCUCAAAGAUGGCGUCACGCAGGCAGAUAUUGAAUCUCACAAGAGCUGGGUCUCCUCCAUACACAGUUCUAACCUUGCGGCAGCGGCAGCGGCAGGCCGUACUGGAUUGGAGUCAGACGGUAUUCGCAAAGUGUUCCAAAUCCACGACUUCAAGGCAUACUCUGGUUCAUUUGACGCCAAAACUGCAGAGGACAUCAGACGCAAUCCACUGGUGAAAUCCGUUAGUCCAGACCGAAAGGUAUAUCUCGCUUCUCCUGUCCAACAAAACGACGCUGGAUGGAAUUUGGGCCAUAUGUCAAGCAAGGGAAGACAAUCCUGGACCUAUAAAUAUGAUAGUUCCGCUGGAGAAGGAGUGUGGGCUUAUGUGUUGGACUCUGGUAUCAACGUUAACCACAUUGACUUCGAAGGCCGUGCAAUCUUGGGGUACAAUGCGUUGAAAACAAUCCCCCAUGCUGAUAACUUGGGACACGGCACAUACGUAGCGGGUGUCAUCGCCUCAAAAACAUAUGGAGUAGCUAAGAAGGCGACAGUGGUGUCGGCUAAAGCAUUCGACACUGGCUCGACCACAUACGAUUUUAUUUUCGAUGCUUUCAACUGGAUUGUCAAAAAUAUCACAGACAGUAGCCGGCAGAAGAAGGCGGUUAUCAAUAUGAGUAUUACCAGUGCCAAAUAUCAGGAGUUCGACGAUGCCGUUGAAGCUGCCAUCAAAUCUGGAAUCACAGUAGUUGUUGCAGCUGGCAACAACGGGAAAGACGCAAUGAACAACACUCCAGCAUCUGCACCCAACGCAAUCACUGUAGGCGCUUUCCGUUUCGAUAACACUCGCUCGUAUUUCUCGAAUUAUGGAAAAGUCGUGGACCUUUUUGCUCCUGGUGAGAGAAUCCUCUCCACUUGGAAGGGAGCCAACAACAACGGGACAAACAAGGCGGAUGGAACCUCGGUCGCAGCACCCCAUGUUGCUGGUCUGGUUGCAUAUUUGAUGGCUAGGGAAGACUUUGCUACCCCUGCCGAUGUGACCAAGAAGGUCCUAGGGCUCGCAAUCCCCAACUUGGUCAAGAACCCAGGCACCGGUAGCCCUAACCUUCUGGCAUACAACGGCAUCAAUGAAGAGAAGUGA